AUGUCUGCAACGAACGCAGAAGCGUCCCACAACUUCGGUCUACCUAUCCGUGGUGGAGAUGGCAUUGAAUUGAGCCUAGAAAGGAAGACCAGCAUUGAAAAUGCACUUCGAAAAUACCGAAAUCGAGUCCUCGAAAUCAACAUAGCAAGUUUAGAAAGCGCCAUCUCAGAUCUCGAAACCCGCGAAAUCAGACCUACUACUAGUCCCGAAGAACUCCUAGGACGAAGAAUGGAAGAACUCGCGGCUGAAUACGGGAUUCGAUUAGAAAAUCCCUCAGAUCCUAGAGUUACGUCCAUUCGGGAUAUUCUAAGUGAGGAUCGACGGGAGAAUCUCGUCAGGACUUGUUGGUUAGACGGAAUAGUUCACGGAGAAGGAGAAAUUGACAUUAAGGCCCGGGAGGCGUGGAUCGAAAAGACUGAGGAACAGAUCCGAUCAGCAGAGCGGACGAAAAUCCAUCCCCAAGGUCUACCUGCCGAGUUGAAGUACUUAAUGACCAUAGUUCGCGGAACCUGCGGUAAUGGACUUCCCGAAUAUCGAUACUUGGGCGGAAGCGAGCUACGCCAGAUGAAAUUCCUCACCGAUAUCAAUGGCGAGGAAACUGAGGGGGAGGAACCGAGAGAGUCGGGGUUCGUAACGGUGCCUAGGACGGAGGAAGAAAUGAGCCAAGGCCAUCUCGGCGAUAUUCGAGGGGAAUGGGAUGAUCAUGUAGUUGCGCUUGCGGUUGGGCUUGGAAAUGGUGGGUUUGCGGCAUAUUGUCGAAAGCUAGAUGAUGUCGAUGAUUUCGAUGGGUGGAGGUGGAAGUACGGUUUAUGGGAUCCUGAGUUUGAGACUGCUCUGUAUGAUACUGUUGAGGAAUUCUUGGAGUUUUAUGCUGAUUUUAAUAAGCAGGGCGAGGAGGAUGGCGAAAUCGCCGCCAUGUAG